AAAUAGCUCUGCGGUCCCUCCAUUCCUCAGCCUGCGAACCAUGUGUUAUGUUGAGGAGUUUGGCAGAAGUCUCUGUAUACUGGGCCCUCUCCAUGGAUAUAGACACAGACUAUGAGCGGCCCAAUGUGGAAACUAUUAAAUGUGUGGUGGUAGGGGAUAAUGCAGUAGGCAAGACCAGGCUAAUCUGUGCCCGGGCCUGCAAUGCCACCCUCACACAGUAUCAGCUGCUUGCCACCCACGUGCCAACCGUCUGGGCCAUCGACCAGUACCGUGUAUGCCAGGAGGUGUUGGAGAGAUCUCGUGACGUAGUGGAUGAGGUCAGUGUGUCCCUGAGGCUAUGGGACACAUUCGGGGAUCAUCACAAAGACAGACGAUUUGCCUAUGGCAGGUCUGACGUAGUGGUGCUUUGCUUCUCACUGGCGAAUCCCAAUUCCCUGCGCCACGUACGCACAAUGUGGUUCCCGGAGAUCAAGCACUUUUGUCCACGGACACCUAUCAUUUUGGUUGGCUGCCAGCUGGAUCUGCGCUAUGCCGACCUGGAUGCAGUUAACCGUGCACGACGACCCCUAGCCAAACCCAUCAAACCUACCGAUAUCCUUCCCCCAGAGAGAGGCCACGAGGUGGCAAAGGAACUUGGGAUACCAUAUUUUGAGACCAGCAUUGUUGCCCAGUUUGGAGUCAAAGAUGUUUUUGACAAUGCCAUCCGAGCCGCCCUCAUCUCCCGUCGUCACCUGCAGUUCUGGAAGUCCCACCUGAAAAGGGUCCAGAGGCCCCUUCUCCAGGCGCCCUUCCUGCCUCCUCGCCCGCCUCGCCCCAUAGUGGGCAUCCCAGACCCCCCUCCCACAGACGGCGAGGGCCCUGAUUCCCUUUUCUGCCAGCCACUGUGUACAGAUGUUCUUUUCCUUCUGCAUGGCGGUGCCACUCGCGUAUUUGCACACACAGUAUAUCUGGCUACUUCCUGUUCCAAAUUCUAUGACCUCUUUACCCUUGAUCUUGGUGGAUCAUGCAUGGGGUCACGGGGGGAGGAACAGGAGAACAUGGAAAACUUGGACAACGGGGAGGAAGAAGAGCAGAGCAGGAGAGGAGCCAAGGAGCAAGCUGGGCGCACUAAAAGCCUGGACAUUGAUAAAGACGGGGCUGAUGGAGGAGUGCGGGGCCUGAACCGACCCCAGCUGCUCCAACAGGGCUCUUUGAGGACUUCCCAGAGUGAUAAUGCGCUCCCCUCUCGAGCCCACUACUCCCUGGGAGCACUAGCGACUGGUCGAGCACUUUCAGGAUGGGGGAGGGGGUUCCUGAGUGUGUGUCUGGAGCAUGUUGAUGAUCCCAUGACUGGACGAGCACGACUCAUGACUGUGGUAGCCAUGGAUGCGCUUAUACAGGAAGAACCAUUCAAGGCAGUGCUUCAGUACCUGUACACAGGCAGUCUGGACGAGAGCCGAGGGGAUCUGAUGCAGGUAGCCACCAUCGCAGAGCUGCUUGAGGUGUUUGACCUGCGGAUGAUGGUUGCCAAUGUUCUCAACAGAGAGAGCUUCAUGAACCAGGAGAUCACCAAGGCUUUCCACGUCCGCAGAGCCAACCGCAUCAAGGAGUGUCUCAAUAAAGGGACCUUUGCUGAUGUGGUGUUCCGACUGGACGAUGGCUGCCUCCCAGCCCACAAGCCCCUGCUCAUCUCCAGUUGCAACUGGAUGGCUGCCAUGUUCCGUGGCUCUUUCAUGGAAAGCUACAUUGAGGAGGUAUCCAUCCCUAACACCAGUACAGCCUGUAUGCACGGGGUGUUGGAGUUCCUGUACUGUGGUCUGCUGACGCCCUGUCCUGGUCUCGACCCCAUGGAACUAAUUAUACUCGCCAACCGUCUGUGUUUGCCCCGCCUUGUCGCCCUCACAGAACAGCAUGCUGUGGAUGAGCUUCUCCAGUUGUCAGCGAAAGGAGGUGACAUAGAUGGACAAGUGUUGGCCUACCUCGAGCUUGCACAGUUCCACAAUGCCAAGCAACUAUCAGCUUGGUGUCUCCAUCACAUCUGCACUAAUUAUAAUAGCAUCUGCCGCAAAUUUCCCAAAGACAUGAAGGUCAUGUCUCCAGAAAACCAGAGGCACUUUGAGAAGCAGCGCUGGCCUCCUGUGUGGUUCCUGAAGGAGGAAGACCGCUAUCUGCGCUCUCAGAAGGAGCGCGAGCGUGAGGAGGAGAUCUUGCGCAAGCAACACACCAAACGGGGCUGGUGUUUCUGGAGACAUCCGUCCUCCUCUCCGCACGUCUCCUAAAGGGGUUUCCUCCACUGACUUCUUCAUCCUGACCUGGGUCAUCCUUCCCAGGAUGACUAACCCCCCUGUAACGCAUAUAGAGGAGGUCGGCUUUGAACCCUCCAUCAGUGGAGAAAAUGACUCUCAGUGCAACUAUGCCUGAAUGUCAGCAUGUUUGGGGGAAUGUAUGUGUCUCUUUAUAAUUGUGGGCGACUUCAUGAGUGCAUUUUGGUAUGCUUGUGUGAUAAGUGUGGACUUAACUGAAGGGUUUGUGCGUUGAAGUGUGAGUGUAUGUUUGCGGUUGGCAUGAUUGAGUGAUGCUUCCGAGUUGAGUGCUUCCCAGAUGCCCUAAUCUAUAAGGGCAGAGUUGCGUUGCAGCCCCUUGUCCCCUCCACAAGAGCUCUGUCCCACCACCAGCACUCACAGUGUCCCAGCCUUUGAGUGAUUGGACUGUGAGCAAGGGCUCUUUAUCUCUCUCAGUCUCCUUCCUUCACAUUGACCUUAAUGACUAUUACACAUUAACCACUGCAGCUUCUCUCGGGGAGCAUACCUCUGCCUUCACUUCUACGCAGACUGUUAGAUUGCACACAUAGACUGGUGCACAAGAUCCACCCAUCUAAAACCAGCACUGGAUUCCCAGGAACUGACACUUAACAAUGUAACUAUUCUUUUUUUGAGAUGAUUUGACCUUUUCAUCUAUUUUCUGCGCCUUGUUGGACACUCUUAUCAGGGGAAAGGGCACACAGUACUCCCAGGAAGUGUUGAGAGCCUUGAUUGGCAUUGCAACGAUGGUACUGUUAAUCUAGAGCCCAGGUUUGGGUGCAAGGGCAACCUUAAAAUCGUUAGCAAGUUGGGAUGCUCAAGUCAGGAGGCUUGAUCAUAGCUAUUAGCCGAAGUGGUCAUUGGUGUCAUCAUCCACCCCUGCACCUCCCACCACCUCCUCCUGCACACCACACGCGCAAAAAAAAGCAAAACACAAGCUCUCCUUGAUGAGUUGGAUUCACCAUCUGCACUUCAGAGACAUUCAAAGUGACCACUCUAUAGCAAUGAUGGGGGUAAAGAGGGCUAGCCUUACUUGACACCUCUACCAUUGUGGAAUGAUGGAUGCAGUAUUAAAUAAAUGUGCUUGUAACGUCCAUGACCAUUUGGUUGCAUAAAAGCACCUCAGCCAGCCUGCCUUUACACCCCUACACCACUAGGGGCAGCACUGCUCAGGGCCCCGGCACUUACCUUCACAUUAACUAACAGCAGUUGUUGUGCCUGUGCUUGCUUCGCUCUAGUUUUAGUUAUUAAGAUCAGUAUAACUUAAAUCCUUGCAGAGUGUUAGGAGAAGGCUAAAGCCCAGUGUUUUUAGUGCAUUUUAAAAACUGACUGUAUGUGACUAUUAACUUUCACCUAAUUCUGAAAACCAAAGCUGUGAUUCUUUUUCUUCCUCACUUUCUUUCUCUUCUUCUUCCCUACUUCCUUAAUUGGCAAGAGGGGAUGGGGGAGAAAAGAGAAAGUGGCUCGUGGGAGAAGGAGGCAGUGUGAUAUAAUAUUUUAAUCCCUCCUCGUGGUGGUGUUUUCAGUCUGUGGUGUCAGGAGAAAGGUGUCACUGCUGGACAUUGCCUUCCAUUCCUCUUGAAAAUGGUGCUUAAGACACAGUAAGACAGUGUCCACAUGAACACACAGACACACAUGGGAUUCAUGUUCACAGUUUUAACGUCUAUGUAGUUACCUGCGAUUAACGUGCAGAGUAUUAAUGAUGGUAUUCAAAUUUGACAAUUUUGUUUUUAAACCUUAAUGUUUCUUCUCCAUAUGCUCGCAGUCUGUAAGAGGUCGUAAAAGGUUGCUGACUUUAGAAUGUGUAGAUUUCUACAACUUUGUAAUGUCUUUAAAUGCUUCGAAAUUCAAAAAUAGCGUGAUCUGUUAUGCUUGCUCGUUCACCAGGCAAAUGAUAUGACUUUAGAUUGAAUUUGCAAUCGUGAGUGUUGUUUCAAAGGAUUUGAUGUAUAACUGCAUAUGGGAGAAAAUCUGAUUUUUUUCGUUAAGGGUGCUAAUUUCUUUGGGCUUUAGCACUGAAUGUGAAAACGAGACUUUGUGGUGAUGAUUUUCCAUUAGCAUGUCGUUCUAUUUGUGGGUUUGCGUCCCUCAGCUUUGCCCAGGCAACAGUAGGAGAUAGAAAGAUUGUGUGAGACAUUUGGUGCAUUCUGCCGUUCUCCAUGGGAGGCGUGUUAAAAUCAUUCUCGGCUACCGAAAUAGAAGUCAGAUAGGAUCUCACGAGGCCCAAGUGAGAAGUGAGCUGAUUCCUCUCUGAAAUGAGUGAAAGUGGAGUAAAAGUGAACAAGUCUCAGUCAGCAUUACAUGCAACCUACAUCAUUUAGAGUUACUCCACAGAUGUUUCAAAUGUAUCCCAGUGCAGUGCUUUGGGAAUUUAGAAACUAAACCUCGAAAGGAGAAAGUUGGGGGACAGUUUUUGAUUGACUCCAAUAGCCUCCUUUUAGUUCCCCAUAGAAGGGAUGGCUAUUAUAUUUGUCUUAGUGAUGGUUGGAAUGACCCAUUAAGCCUCUUCUUGUGGUCUGUGUGCCUUAUAGUUGGACAAAAAACUAAAAACUAGAUUGGGAUUUAAGCAACAUCUUAGUUCAAACAUGCAGACAGGCUCUGCAGUGGUUGACAUGAUGGAUACAGUAGACAAUGGCAGUGUUAGAACUUUAAAAUGGAUUAUGGUAUUGCUUUAUAAAUUCUAAACCAUUAUACUUCCUGUGGGGAUUUUUGAGCCAACUAGAGCCAUGCCUGUGGAGAAUCUUUAGGCCCGCUGCUUGUUUUGAUGCAGACAAACGGCCUUAAAUGAAACUCUACGCAGAGUGUCGUACAGUAGGUUGGUCCUAUCACGGAGCCUUGGGUUAGCAUGUUUUCUGGAGGGGUAAUUAUUUUGAUGGAGAAGGAUCCACAGCAUGGUUGGAAAUCUCCAAGGGGAUUGAGAGGUAGCGAUAAAAAUUACUAACAGGUUGAUUCCUGUUCUGUAACUGAUGUAAACCACUGACUUUGAGAAAGCAAAGCUUUUUAAUGAGCACUGGCUGGCCUAUGUGCUGGAAAAGUGCAACCACUUUUGAAAUGUGGUUAAUUUGCAUGGUGGCCUAACGUUGUCAUUAUAAUGACACUUGGUGUUGGAAUGCACUUUCUUCUUCUUUUGUAUAUGACUAUACCUUUCUGUGCUUAGCAUGAAUUGUUCUUUAUGUAAGAUUGUUUUUGAAACCUGAUGAUUGUAGCAUGAUAUUUCCACUUAAGUCUUUCAGAAUUUCCCACAACUUGCUCAGUCAUGAGCUGAAUAACAUAACCAUGUCCAGCUUCUUGUUUAAGGUCUAGUUGGCACUGAACCCCACAGUAGCUGUCUUCUUGCUAUGUGGCUUUAUGCACAACUCAGUUUAUGAAAUAAACUCAGCACAGCUCAAGGUAGCAUCACUAAUUAUACAACUUAAAUAAUAUGCUGGGACUUUUGCUUGAAAAGCUAAUGCAGAGGAUAUGUUUAUUUUGUUACUGUAGUUAGUACAAUCAAUCAAGCCUAUUCUGGUGAUUUUUAAGAUAUUGGGUACAGGGUAACUGAAAACUAUAAAAACAAAAUUUCAAAUAAAUCAAGUUUUCUAAAGCACAUAUUUUAAGAAUUUCCCAAAUGGCCUAAGGCCAAGUGUAAUGUUUGGGUUUAGCCUAAAUGUAGUGAAUUGGGUAAUGCGUGACGUAUGUUUCUGUAUAUACAGCAGCGUUUCUUAACCUUGGGGUCAGGACCCCAUCUGGGGUCACUUGGUAUGUUCAUGGGGUGGUGGAACAUUUCUAAAACUGAAAUGAUAUUAUUUAAUAAAUGACAUACUGUAGGUUUGAAGCACAUGUCAUAAUCACUAUAAUGUUUAUUUGGAUAUUUUAACCUCCGGUACACGACAACGUGACUAUCCUCUAAUGAUGGAUGUAGAUUGUGAGAAAAAGAGAUGGAGUCAUGGGCCAGAAAAAGGUUGAGAAACCCUGAUGUACACAGAGGGAACGACAGAGAUUCAACAUUUUAAAUGUUAAAACCUUCUUAGCUUUAUUCAGCACUCAACAUGUGCUCCACAGUGACCCCUACAGGCCAAAGUCACAUUCAGAUGUAUGAUGUAGGGUUGUGUUAUUCAACUGGAUUGUCUUGUUCUAUCUUAUCACAUCCUUUUUACUGUCACAUUGUCCUCAUUUAUUUUAAGUGGAGCUUUCUUCUUCCUUCUCAGCAGGCCUGACCUUCCUUUUUAAAUGUGAGGCCUAGUCACUGAGAGAACACCUUGUUUUUAGUCCUUAACUGUGCCUUCAGUGAAAUCUCACUCUUUUGGCUCUGUACAGGCUGUUGGCACUGCACCUGCAGCCUCCUGGGCUCAAAAUAAAGUUGAAUUAGCCAAGAAAUACACACAUGAGCACAUAAAUAAAAGUAGGCAGCUUUCUUUAAUGUACAGUAUCUUUACAUCGUUACUGGCUAUUUGGGUCUUAGUGAUAACUUCCGUUGAUAACACAGAUAUGGAGCUUCACAAGUUCAGUAUGUAAUUUCAACUAUGCUAAAGCUACGCAACUUAAAUUAUGAAAUGACCAAGAAACCCAGCAAACCAGCUUUUUAAAUAAUGUUUUGCACUCUUUCAGGUGCCUGCACUUUCUAUUAUGUAGCCUAAUGCAACAUUUUUGAUAAGUAUUCUAAGUCUUUAUAUUUACCAGUUUUCUUGAUCAAAAUUAAAAAUAUCUUAUUUCUUUUCCACUUUUGAUUGAUCUAUUUCUCUCUAAGCCAAAUUCAGUAGUUUACCUUCUUGCUUCCACUAUUUAGCAGCAAUGUACUAUGUUGCAACCAUGCAUAAAGUCAGUUGUAUUCUAAGUUGGCGAACAGCAUUUGUGGACUGCUAGUUGGAUUAAAGGCAGACAUUAGCUGUGACAACUAUAUAUAUUAUGCUUUAAUGAAGAUAGUUGUUAUCCAAAGUACAGUACAGUGUUGUAAAUUUGAGUCACAGCUGGAAUUAACCUCUCACCUUAUAACUGCUCACCACACUGUAUGGAUUUACUAAACUGGUACAUAGGAUUGUAUGCACAGAGAGUCCCAGGGCAGGAAGAGUGUUUGUAUAGACAUCCAUGGUGUGAUUAAUCCCUGGUCUAUAAUGUCCUUUUUAAGGGGAUCGUAUAUACUGUAUGUAUUGUUAUGAACUUUUUGUUUCCAUUUACUCAUAUGAGUUGUAUUAACAUUUACUGCUCAUGUUAUUGUGUGUAUUACAUUAAAAGGCUAAAGAAAGAGCACACCACACUCAUAAACUAUUAAGGGCUUUCAAGAAAAUAUACAACAAUCAGAAUGUUUUGCUGCUUUUGCAAAAAAUGUUUUGAAACUAAACAACUGUAAUAUUUUUGAACCACUGUGAUUUGUACAAAAAAAGAAAUAAGGUAGAAAAAAGUUUUUUUCCUUUUAUGCCAUUUCAGUAUUUUGAUGUUUGACAUGGAUUUUAUUAAAACUGUUAAUCUUUUGAA